CGAAUUUGAAGGACAUUGUGUGUGCCGUGUCGAGGAUUGACGGGUGUUGCACUCCGCGCCCGCCCGCCCGCCAGGGCCGUCUCGCGCACCAGUGAGACGACGGCUUUCUCCGAAGACCCCCGCGCCAGCCCAGCGGCAACCACGCCCGUCGCUCUUGCUCCCACGACACAGUGAAUAAACACAGCGCGGUCCAUACCCCAUGCACGUCUGGAUCCUGCUGCGCCACAGUCCUCACCAUGGAGGGCCCGGCUGACGACGCCGCCAAGGAUGCCUUCACCGCGGCCAAGCCCUCCAGAUUUCACUUCAAAUCGUCUUCAUCGCGUCGCAAACGGCGCCACGACGCUGAAGACCAAGACGCAAGCCACAGGUCUUCGAAGCACCGCCACUCAGACGACGAGUCUUCCAGCAGACGCGCCCACCGCUCCGCCCGGCGCAAACACAGACACGAUCACUCAGACCGACACCCAACCUCCACCGCCGACGGCUCGUACUACGACCCGGACUCGCGCCACCGCGAAUCGCUGUUCGACCAAGCCGACUCCAACGACGCCGACGUGUUCCGCGAAUCGCUCUUCGAUGCGCUCGCCGACGACGAAGGCGCCGCGUACUGGGAGGGCGUCUACGGCCAGCCCAUCCACGUGUACCCCACCGAGAAGCGCGGGCCGGAUGGCAAGCUAGAGCGCAUGACCGAGGACGAGUAUGCCGACUUUGUGCGCACCAAGAUGUGGGAGAAGACCCAUCAGCACAUCGUCGAGGAGAGGGAUGCGCGUGAGCGCGCCCGCCGGAAGAGGAAGGAGGAACAGAGACACUGGGAUGAGGAGGGCGAGAGGGACGAGAUGGAGCGAGAGGGGAUCAGACGGCAGAUGGAGGAGAGUCUGCGACGGGGUGAGGAGAGGAAGAGGGCCAAGGAGGCGGCUAAGAGUUGGGAGGUGUAUGCUGCGAAGUGGGAGAAGCUGGGCCAGGACGAUGGCGCGACUGAGGGGGCAGAUGUUAAGGAGAUGAUUCCGUGGCCGGUGUUGUCUGGCCAGGCGAAGCACGUUGGUAAGCAGGAGAUUGAGCGCUUUCUCCGCGCGAGUCCGGCCUGGAAGGACGACGCGAGUGCGCUGCUCAAGGCUGAGAGGGUCAGGUGGCAUCCGGAUAAGAUGCAGCGGCGCUUUGGAACGAGGAUUGACGAAGACACGAUUCGAGACGUCACGGCUGUGUUCCAGGUCAUUGACCAGAUGUGGAAUGCACGUCGGUGAGCGUACGUGUAAUCGAGGACGAUACCGAAAUGACACCCGUUUCCUGGUGCACGCCAUGUUGUCGUUCUGAACGUUGAAAUUAUUACCAG